AUGGCAUCACACAAACCCGUCAUAUUCAUUGUCCCAGGCGCUUAUCACCGACCUAUCCACUACCGCAAAAUCACCGACCUUCUCCGUGUCGAAGGGUACGAGGUAAUAUCCAUCGACCUAGUCGUUUGCGGGGAGGAAGUCGAUCCGGAAACGACAUUCUUCGACGAUGGCGCCGCAGUUCGAAAGAUCCUGAUCCCCUUCCUAGAUGCGGGACGGAGAGCUCUCAUCGUUUCCCAUAGCUAUGGGUCUCUGCCUACCUCUGUGAUUGUGGAGGGUCUCACUCUGGCCGAGCGCGCUGAGCAAGGCCUGCAGGGUGGUAUUGUUGGCGUUGUCAGUUUAGCGGGUUUUGCGUUUCCUGUGCCGGGUAAGAAUAUUCUGGGCAACGAGGACGAGGUUCCGAAUCCGCCUUAUCAGGUUAUCAAGGUGGGAAAUACGGUUCCGGGGCUGUUCAUUCGUUAG